GUUCGCAUCCGACCCCCCACAUCAUGGGAGCAAGAACGCCUACAAGGAUAUGACGACCUUUCCCUGACCAUGCCCUUCCUUGGUGGUGGGAACUUGGCCACACCGCGCAAGCUCUCAACAGGCAAGACCCUCCGUCAUAUCGUCAAAUGCAUGGACGAUCAAGUCCUCGUCUUCGACCCACCAGACGAUGACGCCCCCAGGACACUAGCCAAAGGAGGAUUCUUGGCUCCUGGCACGAGACGAUUCAAAGACCAGAGGUACAAGUUUGACAGAGUGUUUGAUGAGCGGGCUGGUCAGCAAGAGGUGUUCGAACAUACGACCAAGAGCUUGCUGGAUGGAAUCUUCAACGGAUAUAAUGCCACUGUUUUUGCUUAUGGGGCUACUGGCUGCGGCAAGACGCAUACUAUCAGUGGUUCGGACCUUGACCAAGGCGUGAUCUACCGCACCAUGAACGAACUGUUCAACCGAAUUGAAGAAAUCAAGGACGAGACGAUUGUCGAGCUCUCUGUCAGUUACCUGGAGAUUUACAACGAGAACAUCCGUGACCUCCUCACGGACGGAGCCGUUCCUGCUCCCCGAGGCGGCCUGCAGUUGCGCGAGGACAAGACCAACCGUGUCACUGUCGCGAACUUGAUUGAGAUGCGCCCGACGACGGCAGAGGAAGUGCAAGAGAUUGUGCAGAUUGGAAAUGCCCGUAGGACGCAGUCCCCCACCCAUGCGAAUGAGACUUCUUCCCGCUCGCAUGCUGUCUUGCAGGUCAACGUCACCCAGUCCCCACGUACCGCCAGCACAACUGAGACGCGUCUAACCCGCUUGCUCAAGUUCUCCCUCGGGGGAAACUGCAAAACCGUCAUGAUCGUCUGCGUUGCACCAACUUCGCAGCAUUAUGAUGACACUCAGAACACGCUGAAGUACGCGAAUCGCGCUAAGGAGAUUAAGACCAAGGUAUCGAAGAACCUGAUCAACGUGGACCGUCAUGUUGCGCAGUACGUCGAAGCUAUUCAGCGGCUCAACACCGAGGUUGCCGAGCUCAAGGCCAAGCUCGCUGGCAAGCUCAGUACCGAGAACGAGGUCGACAAGCGCAGGAAGGCCGACGCAAAGGCUGAUGCAGACAAGGCAAAGCAGGAUAUGGUUUCCAGAGCCGAGCAGGCAAGGCCCGUUAUCUGCGACGGUGCUUCGCACGAGGCGACCAGGGACGCGGCUGACAUCGUCCUGCGCACUAUCCGCCCUCGCCUGAUCCACCUGGAGGCAGAAUCCGCCCGAGGCGAGCUUCCCGCCAACCUCCAGGCCGAGCGCGACUACCUCAUCGCCAUGGCAGCACCUCACCAGAGGUUCUUGCAAUCGCCAGCGUCCGCUCAGUCUGUCCAGCGCUCUGAGAACGCGCGUUCCAUGCUCGAGGCCACCUUUCGUGCCGUCUCAGAGCGCCGUUCUUCCAAUCUCGACGAGACGUCGGUGGAGAAUAUUAAGCUCUUGUCCUCGGUACAACGGGUGGAGACAGAAGUUGCGCGUGUUUCGGCUCGCGAGAAUGCGCUCAAGACCGCGCUCGAACAGCAGAGCAAGAUCAUAACCCAGAUGAUGGGCGUGCUUGCACAGUGCACAAGCGCACUGCGUGAGGGCUCUAAGACAGAAGAUGAGAGCGUGCGAGUUAUGUUGAUGAACGCUGCGGAGACCUCGCACGCGUCUAUGAUGGCUGUUCUCGGCACUGAAGAAACGCCUGUCCCGACUUUCAACUUCAACGUGUCUAUGUUUGAUACGAUUUCCAGCUUCCCCACGCAGACAUUCCCCAACAAGAAUGCGGCCGUUCCACCUCGCAAGCGCACAUCACUUAUGCCAUCCGACACACACAAGUCACCCGGCCGUCGUCUUUCCGCAAUUCGGUCGCCGCGUAAGUCCCUCCGCCGCCAGAGCGUCACUACCUCAGCUUCGAUGCCCCGGCUAGCCCCUUUGGUGAACAAGAAACCUCCAGUAGAGAAGAAGAGCCUUCGAUGGGCCGAUGAAGCGGGUGAAGGUAGUAUCGACGAUGCGGGCAAAGGGGGCGCUGCUCCUCCUGCCAACGACAGCAUACUCUCUCAGAAGCGAUCAUCGUCUAGCUCUGAGGCAGAGUGGGAGGAUGAGAAGACGGAUGACUCGAUCUCGAUUGCCAAGGAAACAUCGUUCACUCUCCCAGCCCCACGCCGGCCCCGCAGCAGCAGAUUCGAUCCAGGCUACCUGAAGUCGCAAGCUGCGGGUGCAAGGCGUCUUGAGAGCCUGGGCGAAGAAGAUGAAGACAUCGAGAACCAGUUCCGGGUGGUUAUUCCCAAGAAGUCCGACAGGAAAACCCUUCCUCUCGCUGAGCGGGUCAAUCUGCCAUCGCCUGAGGAAUCGGAUGAAUCAUCCAUCACUUCAAACGACACGUACAAACCCAGGGAGCCUUCAAGCCCUCCUCCCAAGGGAAACAAAUUGAUGAUAGCACCCCUAUCAGCGACUAAGGUGCGGCGUAUGUCAAACAUCGGACCGAUACGCAUGCAGAAGACAAAGCGUCGCAGCAGUCUUAUUCCCCAGCCGCCGAGUAUGCAUGACUCUGUCGAUGCACCCGCACCGAGAGCUUCCGUACUCGGGGGAGCAGCAAAGCGUGUCAUGGUCACCGGCGAAGACGCCGCACGUCGAUCGCCUAUGAAAAAGGGCCGCCGCACCUCCAGUAUCAGCGGCAGUAUGAUGGUUUCCGCAAGUACUCGCGGGCUGUUCAAGGCGCCUAUCAGACCUUUCCCAAUGUCGAUCAGCAUGGAUUUCAAUCCUUCCGCAGAAAGCGGUGCGAUGAAGAGCAAAACAGCAUGGAGAUAAAGGAUUCUACAGAGUUGAUUGUAAGAUAUUUGUUUAAUUCCGUUGGAUGUGACGAACAUGUCCUGUUUCAUAUACCCUUCUCCGCAGCAACGCUCCGGACAGCGACGCAUUCCCCUCGUAUUCAAACAUGCCUGCAUCUGUCCCUCCUUAGUAUUGUUGCAUUACCUGGUGCUCUUAUCAUGA